CACGGCCUCCUAUGUGGGUCUUGCAGCGUGUUCCGCCUUGUUACCAUGGGAACCAUGUUACAAUGCUGUGAUAUGUGUGCUUAAGCCAAACGGGCCACAUUCAGCAGUUAAAGGACAACAGGUUGUUAUGUCAUGUUGGCCUUCAUAUAGCCGCUAGCUAGAGAUGUCACCACAUAAAGAUAUUAAGUUCCCACCUUUAACUCCGUCACCAAAACAAAGACUUACAUAUGAGCAUAGACUACAAAAUGAAACUGUCCAGACACCAGAAGAAGGGCAAGAAGGAGAAAGUGCUAGUGCUGUUUCUGUCCAACCUGCAGCAAGAAAGUUGUGCUGUACAGGUAGCAGUUACAUAUAUGCAGGCCCGAGGAGAAAGCCUCAACUUCUAAUGCACUUAGAGAGCUAUGUGAACAAGGAGCUGCAUACAAUCAGCUCCCAUGAGCCAACAUUUCAGGAACUGAAACUACAGGUCUACCGUGAUGUCUUUGGUUGUUUCAUCAAAGAGUUUAAAACCUACCAACCCCUUCUUUCUGACAUAAAAAAGGAAUAUGAAAACACUUUAGCAUAUCUGCGGGGUCAAAUCCGAGAACGGGAACCACUGCGAUCCCAUCUGAGGCUAGUGACAGAGGAAUGGGACAGGAAGAUUCAAGCUCGCUGGGCAGAGGAGCAGGCUGAGAUUGGAGCCUUGAAAAGGGAGAAGCAGCAAUUGCAGAGGCACAUUGAGGCCAUGAGGGUGAAAGAAGAGGCCAUGGAGGCAGUGGUGGACCGUCUGCAGUCUCAACUCUCCCAGCAGUAUCUGCAGUACAGGGAGGAGCGGGAUGCCCGCAAGCUGCUGAUCUGGCAGCUCAAUGACCUAACACAAGGCUCUGCUAAGGAGGAGCAUCCUGCAGAUGACAACAUUGAGGCUCAAGACCCUGUGGAGCUGCAGCUCGCUCUGAAGGUGUGUCGGGAAGACCUGACCAAAGCCCAGGUGGAGCUCACCAGGAUGAAGGCAGAGUACUGGGAUGUCGUGCCAAGACGCGACUGGGACACCCUGGAACAAACACACAGACACGACCUACAGCAGUUGAAGACGGUGCAGGGUGACUUUGAUCAGUUGAAGAGAGAGUAUGACACCCUGCUGGAGCUCCACAAAGAUGGCAGCAUGCAGAACAAGACACAGGACCCCAUCACUGUGCAGAUGGAUGAAAGUGUGUCCCGAGGGCAAAGCCAGAUUCAGUCCCGUGACCUAAAAGACCCGAUCGACUCGGAUGCCCCUGAAACCAGCACACUCACUGUCCUGGAGUUUAGGGCGGCCCUGAGAACAGCGUUCCCUCUGAAGUCAGAUCAGGAAAUAGAUCAACUUGUGGCCUCGGCUCAAAGUGAACCAGACAACAGUAACGACACUAUUUCCUCUCAGAGACUCCACAGCCUGCUAGCAGAAUCUGGUGUGGCAACCUUACCUCCAGCUCUUGAAUAAUCAGAAGAAAAGGCUGCAUCAAAUCCAUUUCAUGCCAGCAACUGUUUAAUGUUGUUAAUUGUAUUGAUUGUUAAUUAAGAAUGGCAUGUAAGAAAAAAAGUAAAUAAUGGAACAUUUAUUCUUGAAUUACAGUUUAUCAAUUGCCCCACAAUACUUUUUUAACAGUUCCUGAUGUUUAAAUAACUGCAAAUGUACAUGUACAUUAAUAUUCUCAAAACCUGGAUAUGGAGUGUAGUCAGUUGAGACACUCUUUUGAGAUUUACCUGACCCUGUGAUGUUAUUUUAACCCUCUGUGCCUUGUAGAAUGGCUCAAUAUCCUGCCAAAUAAAAA